CUACUUCCGGUUCUUUUGGCUUGAGAUUUGUGUAGGGAUCGCAACAGUUUUAACCGUGUAAAAAUGCCGGUGAAGCUAGAUCCGCCUCCUCCAGCCAAUUCCAAACAGCCAGGAGUAACAACCACCCUUCUGUACAACGGAUCUAGGUUCCAGGGGCAUCAAAAAAGUAAAGGAAAUUGCUAUGAUGUCGAAGUAAUCCUACAAUAUGUGGAUUUAGAAAAUUCAUAUCUGUGCGGAUAUCUGAAAAUCAAGGGUCUGACUGAGGAAUAUCCAACCUUGACAACAUUUUUUGAUGGUGAAAUUAUCAGCAAAAAACAUCCAUUUCUAACAAGAAAAUGGGAGGCUGAUGAAGAUGUGGACAGGAAACAUUGGGGGAAAUUUUUGUCCUUUUUCCAGUUUGCCAAGACAUUCAAUUCUGACACCUUUGACUAUGAUAAUCUAACUAAUGCAGACUUUGUGUUCAUGAGGUGGAAGGAACAUUUUCUUGUACCAGAUCAUACAAUAAAGAAUAUCAAUGGAGCUUCUUUUGCUGGAUUUUACUACAUUUGCUUCCAAAAAUCAACUACUACCAUAGAAGGAUACUAUUACCACAGAACAUCAGAAUGGUUUCAGUCAUUGAAUUUGUCCCACGUUCCAGACCACAGUAUACCAGUAUACCAGUUUAGAUGACAAGACAAAGACUAUGUGUGUGUUAAAGACAAUAAUAAUAUAAUUCACAUACAGUGUACAUACAUGUAAUUAUAGUUAAUUUUUGUUGUCAUGUGUAUUCACUACUAUUCAUUUCAAGGUCUUUUUCUGCAUAAAGUGCAUUUUCAUGAGAAGUUGCAAUAUACUCAGCAAAAGUUGACAUGAAAUAAUGUAUAAUUAUUUUUGAAUUUGUUGUUAUAUUAAUAAAGAACAUUUUACAUAAUGACAUAUGGUUAUGUGAAAUGCAUGUUUUCUUUAAA